AUGUCCGAGCACCAAUACAAAUUCGACGUCAAGAUGAGCUGCGGCGGCUGCUCCGGCGCCAUCGAGCGCGUCCUCAAGCGCCUCGAAGGUGUCAAAUCGUUCGACGUCAGCCUGGAGUCGCAGACCGCCACCGUCGUCACCGAGCCCACGCUGCAGUACGACACCGUCCUCGGCACCAUCAAGAAAACUGGCAAGACCGUGACCCGGGGCGAGGCCGAUGGCGCCGAGAUGGCUGUGUAG